AUGAGCAUUUAUGAUCAGGAGUUCGUAGUCCCGGAACCUCGGAGAUUCCGUUUCGGCGCAGAGGGCGAUGUGUUUAUGCUAAUGAAUCAAGCUACACGCUUUCUGUCCAAACCGGCGGGCGGACUUUUAUCGUACCACCCAGGUCUCUGGUCGCGGAAGACAACGUUUCCGGAACGAUCUCAGCUGAUUGAUCAAGGUCUAGUGCAAGCAGAGAGCACGUGCGUCACCUUGGUUUUGGCGGAUGAAAUUGAUGAGAUCAUCAAAGACUCGCUCAGCUUCACAGACCCGCCCAGUGAUACCUUCGCCAGACACAAUGGGUUGGGAAUCGGCAUCAAGGCGCGUGUACUCGACCGUAAGUAA